AUGUCCUUCUUCACGCGUCGCGUUUCGAUAUAUAGAAGUCUUACGAAGGCAUUGAAAGUUAGACUAUAUAGCAGUGAGAUAGUAGAGAGACAGCAAUUGGAACAGCAAGCUAUGACUGACAACCUUAAGAGACCGGGCGAAGAUGCUGAUGCUGCCUCAGAUGUGGGCCUUUCUGAAAAGAAGAUGAGGCUGCAAUCCAUGGAUUACAGCGCUGGUAGUGAACCAGUUUCCACUAUUGACAUCAUUCCCACUGAUUCGUAUAAGAAAUACAGAGAGCAAGGGUUCAAGGCAAAGUAUACAAAUUUACAUGGUACUCAACUGCAGUCUGCUUUCGAACGAGAGCUUUCUGAGCUGGAGCAUGAAGCUGCUGAGAUACAAGAAAAGUCUAAUCAUUAUUCAAGAGAUCCAUUACCUGCUGAUUUCACACCCGAGACUCAUGAUAUAUCCUUCCAGCAAAUAGAUGCAGAACAGAGUAUCAUACCGGGCUUCAAAGAUGCGAAUACGUCAACCAUCGUAAGGUUUUUUGGUGUUACUAAUACAGGACAUUCCGUUCUUUGUAAUGUGACUGGAUUUAAACAUUAUCUUUAUGUACCGCAACCUUCGAUAGAUAAUGCUAAUGAUCCUCAGCAAAGAGAGGAAUUUGUCAAAUAUUUAAAUGAAAUGUUCGAUAAUGCUGUCGAUUCCAUAGAAGUUGUACCAAAACAGUCAAUUUGGGGUUAUUCUGGUGAUGACAAAAUACCAUUUUGGAAAGUUUAUGCUACAUAUCCAAGCAUCGUAAAUAAAUUGAGAACGGCGUUCGAGAGGGGUCAUUUAACCUUUAACUCAUGGUUCUCUAAUGGGACAACAACUUACGAUAAUAUUGCGUAUCCUUUAAGAUUAAUGGUAGAUUGCGGUAUUGUCGGUAUGUCAUGGAUAACUUUACCGAAGAAUAAAUACACUAUUAUCCCAGAAAAUAAAAGAGUUUCCACUUGUCAAUUAGAAGUUAAUAUUAAUUAUAAAGAUUUAAUAGCGCACCCUGCCGAAGGUGAUUGGUCUCAUUCUGCUCCUCUACGUAUUUUAUCCUUUGAUAUUGAAUGUGCUGGUAGAAUUGGGGUUUUUCCUGAACCUGAACAUGAUUCUGUGAUUCAAAUCGCCAAUGUUAUGAGUAUUGCUGGCGCGAAAAAACCUUUUGUACGUAACGUAUUUACCGUCGAUACUUGUGCGCCAAUUACAGGUUCUCGUAUCUACUCACACGAGACAGAGGCCGAAAUGUUAUCACAUUGGCGUGAUUUUAUUGUAGAAGCUGAUCCUGAUGUUAUUAUCGGUUAUAAUACUGGGAACUUCGAUAUUCCUUAUUUAAUCAAUAGAGCUAGGGCCCUCAAAAUUGAAAAUUUUCCUUAUUUUGGCAGAUUAGUCAAUGUGAAGCAGGAAAUCAAGGAUACUGUUUUCUCCUCAAAAGCAUAUGGUACAAGAGAAUCUAAAAACGUCAAUAUCGAUGGUCGUUUGCAAUUAGAUCUUCUUCAAUUUAUUCAACGUGAAUAUAAACUGAGAUCGUAUACCUUAAAUGCCGUUUCUGCUCAUUUUCUGGGUGAGCAAAAAGAAGAUGUUCAUUAUAGUAUUAUUACGGAUCUGCAACAUGGUGAUAGCGAAACGAGAAGAAGGUUGGCAGUUUACUGUCUUAAGGAUGCCUACCUACCCCUGAGACUUUUGGAAAAAUUGAUGGCCCUCGUUAAUUAUACUGAAAUGGCUAGAGUCACUGGUGUCCCAUUCUCUUAUCUUCUAGCUCGUGGCCAACAGAUUAAAGUUGUGUCACAAUUAUUCCGUAAAUGUAUCCAAAUCGACACUGUAAUUCCAAAUAUGCAAUCUCAGGGAAGUGAUGAACAAUAUGAAGGUGCCACUGUUAUUGAACCGAUCCGUGGCUACUAUGACGUUCCUAUUGCCACCCUCGAUUUCAAUUCCCUGUAUCCAAGUAUUAUGAUGGCACAUAACUUAUGUUAUACGACAUUGUGCAAUAAAGCCACAGUAGAAAGAUUGAAAUUAAAAAAGGAUAAAGAUUACAUAAUUACACCAAAUGGUGAUUAUUUCGUCAGCGACAAGUUAAGACGUGGUAUUUUACCUAUAAUUUUGGAAGAAUUAAUCUCUGCAAGAAAGCGUGCUAAAAAAGAUCUUAGAGAUGAAAAAGACCCAUUUAAGAGAGAUGUUCUUAAUGGUAGACAAUUAGCUUUGAAGAUCUCUGCAAAUUCCGUUUAUGGUUUCACUGGUGCAACUGUAGGAAAAUUACCAUGUUUAGCAAUUUCAUCAUCAGUUACAGCCUUUGGUCGUGAAAUGAUUAUGAGAACCAAGACGGCUGUGCAAGAAAAGUACUCAGUUAAAAAUGGUUACAAGCAUGACGCACAAGUGGUGUACGGUGAUACAGAUUCUGUUAUGGUGAAAUUUGGUACAACUGACCUACAAGAAGCGAUGGAUUUAGGUGCCGAGGCAGCCGCAUACGUCUCUACGUUAUUCAAACAUCCUAUCAACUUAGAAUUCGAAAAGGCCUAUUUCCCAUAUCUGCUGAUUAACAAAAAGAGAUAUGCGGGUCUAUAUUGGACUAAGGUUGAAAAGUACGAUAAGUUGGAUCAAAAAGGUUUAGCAUCUGUUCGUCGUGACUCCUGCUCUUUAGUUUCUAUUGUUAUGAAUAAAGUGCUGAAGAUGAUAUUGAUUGGCAGAGAUGUAGACGGAGCGCUAGAGUUCGUUAAAAAGACUAUUGGUGACAUUUUGCACAACAGAGUUGAUAUUUCAAAAUUAAUCAUUUCAAAAACGCUAGCUCCAAACUAUACAAAUCCUCAGCCACACGCUGUUUUGGCAGACCGUAUGAAAAAAAGAGAUGGUAUUGGUCCAAAUGUUGGUGACCGUGUUGACUAUGUUAUUACGGGUGGUAAUGAUAAACUGUAUAAUAGGGCUGAAGAUCCGCUGUAUGUGCUAGAGCAGAACUUACAGGUUGAUUCGAAAUAUUAUUUACAAAAUCAACUACAGAAUCCCGUAAUCAGUAUUAUUGCUCCGAUCAUAGGAGAAAAACAAGCCAACUCAAUGUUUGUAGUGAAAUCAAUCAAGAUUAAUACCGGUUCAGCAAAAGGUGGACUCAUGGGGUUCAUCAAAAAAGUUGCGGUUUGCAAAGGAUGUAGAGGUCCUUUGAAAAAAGGUGAAUCAGCAUUAUGUUCAAACUGUCUUUCAAGAUCUGGUGAGUUAUAUAUGAAGGCAUUAUAUGAAGUAAGGGACCUUGAAGAGAAAUUUUCUCGACUAUGGACGCAAUGUCAGCGCUGUGCCGGUAAUCUACAUACGGAAGUGCUGUGUUCAAAUAAAAAUUGUGAUAUAUUCUACAUGCGGGUGAAAGUGAAGAAGGAACUGCAAGAGAAGAUGGAGCAACUAAGCAAGUGGUGA